AUGGCGUCUCAUUUUCUCUUUGUUUCCACCCUUAUAGUUUGGGUUUUACUCUUCCUGGGAAAUGUUAGCGCCCAGACCUGCUGGCGAGAUACGAAAUGCACCGGCGCAGAGACAGCCGCAUUCCCUGGUGAAUGGGAAUCAAAUAUAUUUGCUCCCUCGUCACGCACCGUUGCCCCCAAGGCCGUCUUCCGGUUGGAUACCGGAGAAAGCAUUUCGAUAGAAUCAGCUUCGUUGACCAGCACUAACUCAGGCAUCUAUUACGAUUUCGGCCUCGAAGUUGGAGGUGUUGUUACGAUUCAGUACUCCGUGUCGUCUACUGAUGGCGAGGGGGCCCUUGGCAUAGCUUUUACGGAAGCUAAGGAUUAUAUUGGGCCGAUCUCAGACAAGAGCGCAGACAUAUCUGAAAGGAAUGAUGGUGCACUGUACGCCAACUUUUCCUCAGCCGGAAACCACACAUAUGAAAUGCCAACUGAGCAACUCCGUGGGGGUUUUCGAUAUAUGACAGUAUUCCUUACUGGGGCCGCAUCCUUUGUUACAGUCACCGGUGUCAGUUUAGAGAUAUCCUUCCAGCCAACUUGGUCAAAUCUGCGCGCCUAUCAGGGGUAUUUUCAUAGCAGUGACGACCUGCUUAAUAAAAUAUGGUAUAGCGGUGCCUACACUCUGCAGACAAAUGCUCUUCAUCCCUUGACUGGACGAGUCUGGCCUGCUCCGGAGAGUCAAUGGCUGAACAACGGGAAUAUCGGCGUAGGCGACACCAUCAACACCGAUGGCGCAAAGCGUGACAGGACCGUUUGGCCCGGCGACAUGGGUGUUGCGGUUCCUGCCUCAUUCUAUAGCACUGGCGAUAUCGAGAGCGUAAGAAACUCGUUGACGACGUUAUAUGGUAUUCAGGAACAAAAUGGCCUACUCCCGUUUUCCGGCCCGCCGCUUCUCGCCAAAAAUAGUGAUACAUACCACAUGUAA